AUGUCUACAACCUAUGCACAUAUUCUGGCCGCAGCAGCCGACAAUACUCGGCUCCUCGAAAUUUUGUCAGAAACCGAACAUGCAGUUUCAGCGCUUCAGCAAAACAACACUCAUAUAACCACACUGAAAAAAGAGGCUGUUCAAGAAGAAUGGCUCCUUAAGAAGCGCUUGCAAACAGUAGCAAAGGAGUACAGAGAAUACAUGGAGUACCAAAACUCCCAUCUAAAGCGUCUAGCCUACAAACUCGGAGGCAAGAAAGAGAAGUUCGAGGCCGAAGCAUCCAAAGAAGAGCGCGAGUGGCUAGAAGCUGUCCAGAAAGAACUAAACGUCAAGAACUCACUAGAACAAAUACGACUCAAUCUCGCCGACGCAAUAAAAACCAACACCGAUCUCCACGCCCUGGCAUUCUUACACAACUCAGCACAAGCAGAACUUGACGCGCUUUACAGAUCCAUAUUCGAUGGUCCUACACCAGACGUUAUAGGUGAAGACGAAAAAGAAGCCGAAGUGACUGCAGCAGAAGGAAAUUUCAACGCCAUCCAACUCCGUCUCACUACCGAGAACAAAGCACACACCAUCCUGCUUGACGCGCAUAACUUUCUCAUCCGCGCACAAGCUAAACUCGAAGAUGCGCUCACCGCCGCGAUGGCCGCCGCCUGGGGGGGCAGAAACAGAAAUCACACUCUUAGGAAGAGCAACGCUUUGAGAAAAGCGCAUUUGCAUGUUUCUGAAGUCAAGAUAUUAAUGAAGCAGGCGAGGAGGGUGCAACCGCUAGUGAAACCGAUUCGGAAGAUGGAAAUCCCCGAGGUGCAAUUUAUGACUGAUGUGGUAUUUGAUAAUGUCUUUUUGAACCUGAAUGCGAAGGAGCGGAUUAGGGAAGCUCAGAGGAUGUUGGGGUUGGCGAAGAAAAAUUUGAAGCGGGAGCUGAAUGCUGCGAAAGAUAGAUUUACGGUGACCCAGGGAGAGUUGGAUGAUGCGAGGGUGAUUUGGGAUGGGAAGAAAGAAGAAUUACAGCAGAUUAGGGCUGCAGCUUUUGAUCGCGUUGCUAGUGAUAGGAAUGAGAGUUCUGCAUUAGCGAAUACUGAGAGCUUGGGGGGCAAUGACUAUAUGAGUAGCAUGAUAGAGGAAGGAGCGCCUCCAUGUUAUGAUUGCAAGCCUCUAGAUUACUUAAAUUAG